CUUAAAGUGAAGGAGUGGUGGCCACUUUCACUCAUACACGUCUAGUCAGCAGAAGUUUUCAAGUCCAUUACUAGUUUCGGUGUUUUUAGCGGCUGCCAAGAUGAAAACGUUAUCGUUGGUAUUUCUUACCUAUGUAUUUUUUUACUGUUCGCUUAUAAUACUGGAAGAAACCAACCCCACGGCCGCACAGCAACCAGCGUUCGAAUUACCAGUGGAGCUCGUCGGAUUCCCAGUGAUAAUAAUAGCGGUUAGAUUGUCCAAUUUUGUGAAAAAGUUGGCCUAUUCCCUAAACCCGAAAACCUAUUCCGGUCGCGCUCGAAGGGCAAUCACAUCUCAGGACGACAUGAUCGAUAUGAUUGAAGCCGAGAAAAGAUUAGUUUUAGAACUCGGAGAAACUGUCUGCAUUUACCCAAAAGUUUGUUUACAUCACGCAGACAAGGCUAGUAAGAGCAAAGGCAGGCGAGAAAUGGUCGUCGAUUGGGACGAGAUCUUCAGCAACUACAAAGUGACCAAAGAGAAACAGAAGGAAUUCUACUUGUUGAGUGUGUUUCUAGGCGACUUUAUUGCAUCACCCCGUUUUUGCAAUCAGUUAGCCAAAAGAGGGCGUGUUUGCUCCGACUGAUUGAUUAUUCGUGAAGCUGCUCAGCUUCAUUAAUUUGAAAGAAAAAACGUUGUGUCAAAGUGCGUCUGAAACGGUGUCAAGUGUAUUAUUUAACUGUACAUAAUUUAUUAAUUGUCGUUUCUUCAUUAGUCUAAAGUUGUAUUUUUAUACCAUUUUCAAUAAACGUUUUU